AUGGAUCCCAAAAAGUCAACGGGCAUCGACCGUGACUCGCUGCUGGUGCCCAUUGAACAGACGGCAUGGCGGAGCUGGAACAGACGCCACUGGCUCGGCUGGUUCACGGUGGCCAUUGUGAUAGCCGGUAUCUCAGUUCUCGCUCGCAUCAUCUGGCCAGGCACUCUCAUCGCCAAUGCCAGCGUUCCUGCCUGGGGCAUCUUUAUCGUCGCAGCCAUUGGCCUUUGGAUGGGCGUCUGUGCCGUGGUCUGGUUCACAAUCACCAUUGCCAUCAAACUCGACAAGUCUCAACGGCGCCGCCUUGUCUUCACUGCCCUCUACACCAGCAUUGCCUAUUUCAUCUGGAGUGUUCUUGUCAUCAUUGUGUUUGAAGCCGUCUUUGGCGUCAAUCCCUUUCCCGCCCGCCGUAGCGAUGGCUCCGAGCGCACCCUUGACCGAGAUGCAACCUUUUGGAUCCCUCGCCUCUUCAUUGUGAACAUCUUCCUCGCCAUUCUUCUGAUUCUACGUGCCAUGGCCCUCGUUCGCCUGCGCUUCGGUAACCGCAUGCUGCAGUACGCGCACCAAGUCCAGCAGGUUCUAGAAGAACAGGAAGUAUUGGAGCAUUUGACUGAGGACAUGCAAAUGGCAGAGAUUUUUGAUCCACAGCCCCGUCCCAAGCUGACAGAGCAGCCUGCCAUUACCGAAUACGAUGCCGCCAUCAAGCUCCAGGGCAUGUUUCGAGGCUUUCUCCGCCGCAAGAAACGCAAGCCUGAAACAACCGAUGCCAGCGUCAACAACUCUACCUCCCUCGGCCAGAGCCGGGGCUGGGGAGGACGACGCACAUCCGCUCAAGCAGCAGCACCCCUCAGCACCAUUCAGUCCGGGAACACCCCUGAAGCCACCCCGGUCCCAGCCCCAGUCCCAACCUCGAAACCCGCUCGAGAUCAGAGUCCCGCCCGUACACCCAAAGAACUCCUCAAGGAGACAGCAGUGGACACAGCUGGUGAGAAGGGGCCGACCCCCGUGCGACGCGCUAGCUCGCGCCGGACUACUUCCGUUAUCGAACGACCCGCCCCCGUCAAUCUGCGCGAUGACGACGGCGGCUACCUUGACUCGGUCACCUCACGCAACGAGGAGUCGACCGAGGUGUCGGAAAGCAGCCAUAAGCACAAGGCCAAGCGGAAAAGGCACAAGACCAAGCAUAAGCGCAACAAGAGUGACACUCGAAGUCAGGAGGAGCCUCACAUGUCGGAUUCAAAUGAACGCGCUUCAAAUCCCUCUCGCCGCAUCAAUCGACACAAAUCGCGCGUCUCCAAAAGCAAUGCCCAUCGUGUCAAGGGCGAGGCGGACAAGGCUAUCCAAGACCUGAUUGAAGCCAAUGAUAGCGAGAUGACCGCAGCCAUGUUGGUGGGGUUUGAAACAGUGCGCUAUACCUAUCUCACGACCUGCCACGGUCGCUUGGCCAUCAAGAAUCGCAAGCUGGCCAUGAAAACAGCCGAGGCGCUUUUUUAUCGUCAUGAAGUCGGCGAUCAUGUAGCCAUCACAGCCCUGGCUUCGCCCUACGUCAGCUCGCCAGAUAUGCGUCGGCGCAUCCUUGAGAUGUUUGACCCACACGAUAAGCAGAAUCUCGCACUUAGCGAUCUGGAAGAAGCCAUGAGCCGCGUGUAUCACAAGCGUAAACAUCUGGCGCUCAGCCUCAAGGAUCUAGACUCGAUCGUGCAGGCGUUGGGCUCCUUCUUGACAGCGGCGGUCAUCAUCAUCACCCUUUUCCUGGUGAACAUUGUCUUCUCCACGGGUGACUAUGCGGAGGUCACGGUAACGGUUGGCACAACGCUCUUUGCGCUGUCCUUCAUCUUUGCCGAAUCGGCCAAAAACGUGCGCAUCCAUCGCCUUGACCCAUCUUGCUUGCCCUUUUUCUCGGAGCGCGCUCUGAAGUCUCACGACCGCUCCUGGCUUGCUCUGGCCGUGUCUUUUAGCUCUUCAACUCGUUCAUUUUCCUCUUUCCAUGUGCCGGGAUGGGAUCCCAUGUAUGUGAUUAGCAUGAGUCUCUCGCAGACUGUGUUCCGUGUUUGGGACGGCCGCGUGGUGACCAUUGCCAACCAUUCCCUAUAUCCCAAGGAGUUGACGAACAUUCGUCGUGCUGGCCCCAUGACUGAAGCUACCUUUAUUCAAGUGUCCGUGGAUACGCCAUGGUGGAAGUUGGAGGAGCUUGAAAAGCGCUACCGAGCUUUCCUGCGCACUAAAUCUGCUGAUUUCGACGAGACGGCAUCCUCGUUCUUUGUCCGAGACAUUGAUGUGGGAGACGGCAACGCGCUCAAGGUGGGCUUUAUUGUGGCACAGACGACCAACUUCCAGAACGGUGAACACGUACCGCGCAAGCACAUGCUGAUUCGCGAGAUUGUGUCUUCAUGCAAUGAUCUCGAGAUUACCUAUUGGCGUCCACGCCAGCGCGGUGCUAUCAUUGAGGGGCCCUCGGACGUGAUGGGCUAUUCACAGAUGCCCAGACCUCAACCAACGGAAGAUGGCAAGGGAACAACAACUACAUCUGCUACUGUACGCACCCGACCCACCUCACCCAGCCCCUCAGAGCGGGCUGCUGGCCGCCUGUCGGCUUUUGCCACGCCACGCUCGGAUGUCGCGCCAGAGGUGCGACCGAAGUCAUCCUUGGCUACAACUGUGACGGCUGAGGCGGGCGCACCCAAUCAGGUGGCGCCGCCAACCAUUCCAGUCAGUCAAACCCAGUCCUUGCCAGUCCUUCAUCACUUGACCGGCCACACGCCAGCGGGUGCCUCAACAACCACAGACCCUGCCGUGCCGAGCGAUGCGACGGCGGGCCAAGCAGCGGUUCCCACUCGGGGCCCGCCCCAGGAACUGGCGCGAGAGCCGGUGAAAAAGUAGGAGCAUUUAAUGUUCUUCCCUGCUCUCUCCCCUCCUUUCGCACACUUUGCCUGCCUCCAUAGCCUGUGAUGGGCCUAUGAUAUUCUGGUGCCAUGUUCAAGCUUGGGGAGAGGUGAAGCGUCAGUUUUACGUGCCUUUUGAGACAGCUAGUGAAUCCUGAAUCGCAAUUUUAUUCGAA